AAACGAAUUUGAUAGGAAGACUAUAGAGUAACACACUGUCGUCCGUCAAUCAGUCCAGCUAUCUCUCAAACAAAGAUUACCGGUCGUGUCGUCGUUUUGAGACUUUAUUUCCAGAUUGACAUUGGGUGUAUUUGCAAAUAGUUGUGAUUAGGUCUUUUGUCUAGGUCCUGUUGAUUAUUAAAUUAGUUUCAAAUCAUCUGUACUGACUGAUGGAUCAAGUCUUUUAGCUAAACGGAUUUCAAAAACUAAAAAAAAAUUAGUUUAAAAAAAAACUUUAUAGUGAAUAAAAUAAAGUGUUAAAUAAUAAAAAAAAGUAUUGUGACUCUUAAACUUAAAUUUAAAAAAAAACUGUUAAAAAAAAUACUUUUUUUUUGUGAAUCUUAAUGCAUUAUGCUUAAGUUUGAAUAAAAAUAAAAUUCAAUAAAAAAAAAAAACAAAUUUUAUCCUUUUCAACAAAAGAACCACCAAAUAAGAACAACACCACACAUUCAAAUAAAAUGUCUGAACCAGAGAUUGUGAUAACCCCAUCAGGCGAAGCCCCUUCAAAGGCAAGUCUCAUUGUCGUCUCCAAUAGGCUUCCGUUUGUCCUUAUAAGAAAUCCGAAAACCAAAGAUCUUGAAAGGAAAGCCAGUGCGGGUGGUCUGGUAACUGCAGUAUGCCCAGUUGUUAUUAAAGGCAAAGGAUUAUGGGUUGGAUGGUCUGGUUUGCACUUGGAGGAUCCUAAUGAACCUAUUCCUGAAUCAAACCCUGAUGAUCACACACCUACUGCUGGACUUAAAUCAGAACAAGUUGUUUCUGUUAAUAUCGAUCCGGUGGUCUUCAAUAGUUACUACAAUGGCUGCUGUAACAAUACAUUCUGGCCACUCUUCCACUCAAUGCCGGGCCGUGCAACAUUUGGAGCAGAUCAUUGGAGAAAUUAUGUCCAGGUUAACAAAUACUUUGCCGCCAAGACCAUUGAAGCUUUGGAAAAGUGUUUAAAAUUGAAGACAGCUAAUGGCAAUAGUAACGGAAACGGAAAUGGAAGUCCCCCAAUCGUAUGGGUCCAUGAUUAUCAUCUAAUGUUGGCAGCCAAUUGGAUACGUGAGCAAGCCGAAGAGAAGAAGUUACCCUUCCGAUUGGCAUUCUUCUUGCACAUUCCCUUCCCACCAUGGGAUAUCUUCCGUCUCUUACCGUGGUCCGAUGAAAUUCUCCAAGGAAUGUUAGGUUGUGAUAUGGUUGGAUUCCAUAUUCAGGAUUAUUGUUUGAACUUUGUUGACUGCUGCCAGCGGAACUUGGGUUGCCGUGUUGAUCGCAACAAUCUUCUGGUCGAACAUGGUGGUCGUACUGUGCGUGUCCGUCCACUGCCAAUUGGAAUUCCAUUCGAGCGAUUUGCAUCGCUUGCGAAAAAUGCUCCCAAAGUCUUGAAGACUUCUAAGCAACAAGUCAUUUUGGGAGUCGAUCGAUUGGACUACACCAAGGGACUUGUUCAUAGGUUAAAAGCUUUCGAAGCUCUGUUAGAAAAGUACCCACAACACAAAGAGAAGGUUAGUCUGCUGCAGAUUUCUGUUCCAUCAAGAACCGAUGUGAAGGAAUACAGAGAGUUAAAGGAGGAGGUAGAUCAGUUAGUUGGACGUAUCAAUGGAAGAUUCACCACAGCGAAUUGGGCGCCAAUUCGUUACAUCUAUGACUAUGUUGCUCAAGAUGAACUUGCGGCUCUCUACAGAGAUGCUGCUGUUUGUCUGGUAACACCUUUGAGAGACGGAAUGAACCUUGUGGCCAAGGAAUUCGUCGCUUGUCAAAUCAAUCAAUUACCUGGAGUGCUUGUGAUAUCACCGUUUGCUGGUGCAGGAGAAAUGAUGCACGAAGCUUUGCUUUGUAACCCGUAUGAGGUGAAUGAGGCAGCUGAGGUGAUCCACAGAGCACUUUCAAUGCCAGAAGAUGAAAGAAUUCUUCGAAUGAGCAGACUUAGGAGUCGUGAAGCCGAAACAGAUGUUAGUCAUUGGAUGAGAUGCUUCUUGAAGGCCAUGGGAUCGUUUGAUGUUGAUGAUGUUGGUGAAACUACAAUGCAACCUGUGUCGGUUGAUGAUUUCGAUGACUAUCUUCUUAAGUACAUCGGUUAUAACCACAAAUUGGCAUUGCUUCUUGAUUACGAUGGUACCUUGGCUCCAAUUGCUCCACAUCCUGAUUUGGCUACACUCUCCCCUGAAUUGAAAAAUGUCCUGUAUAAGCUUUCUAACCAUUCUGAGGUUUAUGUUGCUAUUAUUUCUGGAAGAAGUGUGGACAAUGUCAAGAAAAUGGUUGGCAUUGAAGGGAUCACAUAUGCCGGAAACCAUGGUUUGGAAAUUUUGCAUCCAGAUGGCAGUAAAUUCGUGCAUCCAAUGCCAAUUGAAUUUGAAGAGAAAGUCAGUCUUCUUCUCAAGUCUCUUCAAGAUUCGGUUUGCCGUGAUGGUGCUUGGGUUGAGAACAAGGGUGCCUUGUUGACUUUCCAUUACCGUGAAACACCAGCUCACCUUCGACCUCCAAUGGUGGAAAAAGCACGAAUGCUCAUCGAAAAAUUCGGUUUCAAUGCUACCGAAUCCCAGUGUGCUCUUGAAGCUCGUCCCCCAGUACAAUGGAACAAAGGUCGUGCUUCAAUUUACAUUUUGAGGACAUCAUUUGGAGUGGAUUGGAGUGAACGUAUUAAAAUUAUCUACGUUGGUGAUGAUUGGACUGAUGAAGAUGCCAUUGUGGCUCUUAAAGGUAUGGCAAGGACAUUCAGGAUCUCUAAAUCUGAUAUUGUUAAAACUGCUGCGGACCAUAGAUUGCCAUCAACAGAUUCGGUUUAUACUAUGUUGAAAUGGGUUGAACGGCACUUCAUGGGACGUAAAGCUCGUGCGAACUCACUGACUUAUCGCAAUCGUCGUGAAGAUGGCGUCCAAACACAAAUGACAUUAGAGAUUUCAUCGGCGACGAGUAAUUUUGACAGUGGCAAAGUGUAGUUUAAAAAAGGAAGAAAUUCUAUAGUUGCAUAAGUUAUCCUUAGAAAUUCUCUUUUUUUUUGUAUUGUGUAUUCAAAUCAAAUCAAUUGUGUUUUUGUUGUGUGUUAGUUUUUCGUUUUAAUGUUUAACGUUUAAUAAAAUUUUAAAUGUUAAAAAUA